CAUCAGUCCCGUUCCUUCCAGUUUUGGCGAGAGAACAAGGAGAGCAAGAGCAAUGAAAAUGGAGCCGGUGUACCUCCUUGCUGCCCAAUAGGUGUUGGACAAAACUAUAAUGACAAGAGUGACGGCCAGUAUGACAAUGUAUGGAUAUAUGAACAUCUUAUCAUCCUGCUGGUUAACUCUCGGGUGUCUCCUGUAUAACUCCACAUGUACGUUCAUAUUUCACAUGCGACCACAACUUCUACCGGGAUCCCACUAUUCUUUGGAACGUAUUCCGCUGGGUCUCACAAUUCCCAACGACCCUACCAAAUGCAGUCCAGAUAGUUCGCAUUUUUUAAGGGCAAUCAACCAAAACUAGUAUAAAUACUCCACAAUAUACUAUGCCUGUUCUUGAGUGCUCUAAGGUUCCAAGGCGGCACAGCCCAUCACCAAAAUGGUGCACAGGCAUCGCACCUAGCAUUGUUAAGCAAUUCUACUCACAAUGUAUAAAGUCUCAUAGGGUUCUAUGUCCAUACAUAACCUGUAGACUACCUUGAGAGGUGUGGGCGGACUUGGCCCUGGAACUGGCGUUGGCUUUCUG